UUUUUUUUUUUUUUCUCUCUUACGAAUUUUAUUUUGAUAUCGGCCAAAAAAAAGACUCCCUCUUCACAAUGCCAAUUUCUUCGCAAGAAUAUAUGUAUCACGAAGGUCAUAUAGAUGAUAACGAAGUCGCUGUUAGUAGAUAUGAAGGGGAGGAUAAUGAUGAAAAUUACGAAGAUGAUUUAUAUGUUUCUCCAUCAAAUUUUGAAUCCAUCAUCAAGGAUCCAUAUCUUUUAGCCUUCUUCCGCGAACUAUGUGAAAAUAGAAGUUAUGGUUCCCCCGUUUCUAGUUUUGAGAGAACUUGCUAUUUUAACGGUGCAAAUUCAUUUGCGAUACCAAAUCGCGGAGAUUAUAUUCAGCCAGCUUCACAAAAUAUAGCUCAUAUCCUGGAGUUAUGGUUGACAGAAAAAUUAUCAAAUAUUGGAGAAACAAUUCCCAUUUUGGAAGAAUAUCCUCAAAUUUCCGCUGAAAGUAUAAUGACUAAACUAAAAGAGACCGUUUCUUCAUUAAACGGUCUGGAAAAAGUUCUUAUAAAUAUCCGAGCUGGACAUGUUUAUUUAUUACAUAUGAUUGGCGAUGUGGUUGUAAUGGAUCAAAAUUGUGAACGGUUCUUUCAACAAUUCCCGCUCUUUGUAAACGUAUCUAUUAAGGUACAAGAACACUCGCCAUCAGUGCGCCACAACACGUGCCAAGUUCUAGUUGCUGUCGAACAUGUGACCAUGAAGGGAGAGAAUCGUAAUAUUCCUUUAUCAUGUAGAUUUUCUCAUCAACAACAUCAAUCAUUUGAUGGUGCAUUCACGAAUACAAGAGUUGCUUCCUCACCUGAUGGACAAACAUUUUGUUUGUUGGAAGAAUUGGCGACAAGAUAGAGAUACCUUUCCUGUGACGGUUAACGCUUUUGAUAUAGGAGUUUGUUAGGUGACGGGUUAACCAUUCGCAUAAUCACUAAUCAUUUAAAAAAAUUCGUGUUUUAGUAUAAGCUUAGUGGAGUGGAUUCUUAUUAAUUAUUAUUAAUGUUAUCGAGGGCCAUCGUAAAAAAAAAGGUGACAUCGGC